UCCCACCUCACCACAAAGGGGGAGGAGGCCGAAGGGGUGGCUCCCUUCCCGUUGGGGACGAAGCCCUUUCUCUCCUCCCCCCGCCUUGACGAACAAAUGGGAUAUUCACGAGGAGUCGCCAGAGGAACUCCUUCAGGGAGACCGUCGCCUCUACGCCGCUUUAUAAAAGUGGUCCCUGACCAACUCCCGCGCCGUCGCCGCCCAGCAGCUGCCUCUGCUCGAAGCAGGACAAAAUAAUGAGAGCAGCCGCCUCGUGCUCCUUCGUGGCCCUGGGACUUCUGCUGGCCGCAACAGCUCAGACCUCCAAGAAGCAGCAGCCGCAAAGACCGAGGUCUUUUAAAUGUGGUGGUGCUCUAACUGGAUUAUCAGGGUUUAUUGGCAGUGAAGGAUACCCAGGAGUCUACCCUCCAAACAGCAAAUGUACUUGGAAAAUAACAGUUCCUGAAGGGAAAGUGGUUGUCCUUUCCUUUAGAUUCAUAGACCUGGAGAGUGAUAACUUGUGCAGAUAUGACUUUGUGGAUGUGUACAGUGGCCAUGACAAUGGGCAACGCCUUGGCAGAUUCUGUGGCACUUCCAGACCUGGUGCUCUGGUAGCCAAUAACAAUAAAAUGUUGGUGCAAAUGAUUUCAGAUGCCAAUACGGCCGGAAAUGGUUUUGUUGCAAAGUUUUCUGCAGCAGAACCACAUGAGAGAGGAGAUCAGUACUGUGGUGGUCGACUGGAUAAGCCCUCUGGAUCCUUUAAAACUCCUAAUUGGCCCGAUCGAGAUUACCCAGCAGGAGUGACCUGCUCAUGGCACAUUAUAGCUCCAAAGAAUCAGCUAAUAGAGUUAAAGUUUGAAAAAUUUGAUGUGGAGAGAGAUAACUACUGUAGAUAUGAUUUUGUGGCUGUGUUUAAUGGCGGAGAGAUUAAUGAUGCUAAACGAAUUGGAAAAUACUGUGGAGACAGUCCACCAGCGCCUAUUAUAUCAGAGAAAAAUGAGUUGCUUGUUCAGUUCUUGUCGGAUUUAAGCUUAACUGCUGAUGGCUUUAUUGGUUACUACAAAUUCAGACCUAAAAAGCCGCCUACAACUGUGUCACCAACUACCACUACAACUCUUCCUGCCACACCAUCUUUGAAACCUACAGUUGCCCUGUGCCAGCAAAAAUGCAGAAGGAGCGGAACCCUUGAGAGCAAUUACUGUUCAAGUAACUUUGUAAUAACUGGAUCUGUUAUCACAACAAAUACUAGAGGUGGAAGCUUGCAUGCAACAAUAUCAAUUAUUAAUGUAUACAAAGAAGGAAAUUUAGCAAUCCAGCAAGCAGGCAAAAAUAUGAGUGCCAAGAUAGUUGUUGUCUGUAAACAGUGUCCAGUUAUCAGAAGAGGACUAAACUAUGUUAUUAUGGGCCAGGUAGAAGAGGAUGGCAGAGGUAAAAUCUUGCCCAGCAGCUUUAUCAUGAGUUUCAAGACCAAGAAUCAGAAAAUUCUAAAUACCUUGAAAAACAAACAAUGUUGACAAGUGACUUCUUCAUGGUGUCACAAAACUGCUCUUCAUGCCAUUUCCAAAAAUAUGGUGGUAUAGUUUCCAGUUUUGCAACAAUAUAAUUCCCAUUGACUGAUGUUCCAAUGAUAAAACACCUUGAUGAUAAACACACUGAAUUGCAAUGUUAUAUUUCAGAACUUUCAGCAAAACCAACCAGCCUGAAACAUACCAAAAUUGUUUCAACAUGGAAACUUUUAAUUUAUACUUGUCUCAGAAAAUUUUCUAGAAAUGAGUUAUUUGGUAAUAUAAGUGCAAUAUUUAUACAGUAAUUCAUUUUUAAUUUAGCUCCUCAGUUUUAUUGCAUUAUCUUUCACACUUAAUAAAAACUUUAAAUCUCA